CUGAAGCAACAGCAUAGAAGAAGGGAAAAUGUCGCUGGCUUCGACCCGGACCGUUCUAGGAUCAGUGUCCUUUUAGGAAAACCUGUAAGGCAUUUCGAGCGACAUCCCUGCUGUGUUGUUGCCAUGAGUGAAUGCAGUGUCACACAACAGGACAAAAAAGUGAAAAGUAACAGUUUGUGUUGGAGGUUUUACCUUAACAAUAAAGGGAGUCGGCUUACGUGGCCUUUUUCUAAAGUCAGCUUUAACUAUAACCAUUUAGGACCAGAAGAGCAUAGUGUAACACUAUAUGGGCCUCUAAGGUAGCCGGAACUGAUAAUUAAAGCCUCUUCUGCUGCAGCUAGAAAGGUAACAUUUCAACAAAGACAUGGACCCAUCUGCUCGGAUGGUGAGCCUGGAUGCCCAGGGCAACAUGGUUUUCACAGUUGUAAAGCCAGUUAUGGGCAUAUUUCAGGUGUCUUCAGAGCAAAGUAGCGGUGCUCCACAAGGGAGCAUGGGCCUACAGGGUUUAUCUGAGAGCACAUUAGUCCUCCCUCAGGUGCAAGGUCAACCUCCGCUAGACCAGAACCAGAUGGAAAUGAACACCAUACAAGCUCAUAUUCAGCCUCAGAUGCAGGUUUCUGCCCCAGUCCAGACUGAGGAAUUGCCCACGAAUCAGGAUCUGCCACCAAGCUCGAGUGAAAAUUCAGAGUCCACUAGCCAGAUAGCAUUUGCAGAGGUUUCAUCUCUCCUAGAUCCCAACAUGAAAGGAUCUAAAGCUCGGAAAUAUCUCAUCUCAUAUGAUGAAAUUAAAAGGCGCCUGCAGGCCCCAGAAAAGAUGUCCCUGCGGUCUUUGGCAGCGUACACUCGGGUCAGCAGAGGACCAGCCAGCAAGAAAACACUCCUGGAGUCGCUUAAUGUACUCGGCCUCACGCCAAGCACAACUACCUCUGUAUCCUCGUCGUUCUCCAAACUCACUGAAGGUGACACUAGAGCUCUGUGUGACGAUAUGAAUUUUGCCCAUGAUUACAUUGACUACGGCAACAUGGCGAAACAGCUUAUCCCCGAGACAAAUACAGUUCAACACUGGUCCAAAAUUAUUGAAACUAAGUAUGCCUGUUCUUACUGCAAAGUGUUUCAAGGACCCGGUCAAUAUGGUGCGUUUGACAACGUCACUCAUGGCCUCGGUCUUGGAAUGCUUGAUGUUGCACUGGACAUGAUUAUUAUGGUAAUUGAACAGCAGAUUCGCAUUCUGUCUGGCGCAGCAGCAUCUGACCCAGUCGACUCAGGGCCGCAGAUGCGUCGCAUCCGCAGACGCCACCGCCCGCCCUCGAUGGACAGUGAGAAGCUUCAAAAGGUGUCUGGAGGGGUGAAAGAGCAAGGAAAGGUCAUUUCAAAAGCCAAGGGUCGAAUCAGGGCAAAGAAGAAGAACAGACAGGAAACUGGAGCCUCUGGACCUGUGGAGACCCAGGCAGAGCAGUGCAAGCCAGAUGGUGUGGAGAAUAAUGUCCUCACCCUGGUUUCUGUAGGUUAUGAGACUGUUUCCAGUGGUCUCACUUCAGCUGGAACCGUUUGACACUGACUCACAUGGCAAGUCUAAAGGCCCAAUCACAGUCCUGUUCAGAUUCCCAGCGAUGGGACACAGGUCUGGGUAAAUUGAGCUCACCAUUGUACUCAUCGUAAUAUGUCUCACAUUGGUGUCAGGCUUUGAGCUAUUCACUUUCUUCCUGAGAGUUGUAAUACGUAGUUGGAGCCACAGCUGGUUAACCUACCUUAGCAUAAAGGCUGGGAACAGAAAAAAAGUCUUGCAUUGUUCUGCCCAAAGUUAAAGUGAUGCUAUAAAUGUGUGUUUUUUUUUUUUUUUUUUUUAUGUGUUUCAAAGGUGGAUAUUUAACAUGCCCAAGUUUAAAAUAAAGAGGUCAGUGUACGUAUGUACAAGUAAUCCCCCUAAAGCUUAGACUUCAGACUACUCUAAAGGAUUUUAUGACAGUUUUGGUUCUCAGACACACAGCUCUAUCUGUCAGCACAGCAGCUGCACCCACCUUCUGUUCAAACCUUGUGUUUGCAAGGGGCAGCAAACCAGGACAAAGGUAGCAUAGCUGUUCUAGUAGAGUCCCUGAUUUAAAAUAUUUAUCUGAAAGUGAGCACAAUAGGAUUUAACAACCUUCUCUAAGCAAUCAGUGCACAAAAUAAGUGUGACAAGACAAAGUACUGUUUUUUUUUUUUUUUUUAAUUAAGCAAGUUAAAUUGAAAUGUGGCUUUAACUUUAUAUUUUGUUUACUUUAGAUGGACUUUUAAGGAAGUGUUUCCAUUUUAUGUGCUAAGCUAGGCGAUCUGGUGGAAUUACUUCAUGUUUACUGUGUACAUGUGGACUGUGGUGUCAGUUUUCUCAUUUAAGCCUUUGUAAGAAAGCCAAUGAGUGCAUUUUUCAAAAUGUCUAAAUAUCCUUUUAAAUUAAUAAUUUGUUGCUUCAGUAGCAGGUCUUGGUUUUUGGCAUCUGACUGAAUCCGAUCAUUAUUUUUUCAUUCUGUAUUUUUCAGUGAACAGAACGCUGGUACAUAGGUAAUAUAAAGAUAUAGAUUAUUUUUUUGGCUUGUGGUACAGUGUCUCCUGUUUUAAUGUAUUUAUUGCUUAGAUUUCCACUUCUGUACUAGAUUUUUGGAAAU